AUGGAAGCCCUCGCCAUGUCGGGUCGUGUUGGUCCAACUGGAGAGGAUGUAAAAGACCCAGACGGCAUCAAGAAACACCAGAACCAUCAGCAGAACUCCGGUGACGUCCUUCAGCAGAUCAUGACCGUCGCAGCUGAGAACCUGGAGGACACUCAGGCCAGGAAACACGCUUUAAGUUGCCACAGAAUGAAGGGCGCCCUCUUCGAUGUUCUGUGCGAGAUCAAAGAAAAGACAGCCUUCAGUAUCGAGAGCAUCAAAGAAGAAGAAGAAGAAGAAGAAGAAGAAGACGUUCCGGACUCUCCGAACCCUCACAUCAUUCGACUGGACAACAUGCUGUUAGCAGAGGGGGUUGUGGGACCAGAGAGGGGUGGAGCAUCUGCACCAGUGGUUGUCAUGGCAGCCGGUGCAUUACUUGAAGAUGGGACCUUAGAACAGGCCCAGUACAGAGGGAAACUCGCUCACAUACGACAGAUUUACCACGCUGAGCUGGAGAAAUAUGAACAGGCCUGUAAAGAAUUCACCAACCAUGUGAUAAACCUGCUGAAGGAACAGUCCCGUACGCGACCCGUCUCGCCCAAAGAGAUCGAGCGAAGGGUAGCGAUCAUUCACAGGAAGUUCAGCCCCAUCCAGAUACAGUUAAAGCAGAGCACAUGUGAAGCCAUCAUGAUGCUGCGCUCCCAGUUCCUGGAUGCCAGGCGGCAACGAAGGAACUUUGACAAAGACACAGUAGACGUUCUGAAUGAAUAUUUUUACGCCCAUCUGGCAAACCCCUAUCCUGAUGAUGACGAUAAGGAGGAGCUGGCCAGGAAAUGCUGCAUGUCUGUUGCUCAGGUGACCAACUGGUUUGUAAACAAGAGGGUUCGGUACAAGAAGAACGUUGCGAAGCACCUGGAGGAAGCCAAACUUUACGCAAGUGUGUCUUCGAUCGGGAGCGAAGGAAGCUCCCCAGCAACACCAAACUCAGGAGGACCUGAUGGAGAGUUAUGAGGAGCCACCUGGAGGCGCUGUUCUUCCUCCUCGCUGCCUCCAUGUCGACAACACAGUGUGCAUGAACUCAGGCUGUCGGCCGACUUGCAGAGUCACAAAUGGACUCUACAGACCUCCCGAAAAUGUUUUGUUUUCAUUUUGCCUUCUGGUGCCUUUCCACAUCUCUCCCAGGAGUUUCUUUUGAUCUGUCCACAUUUUAACAAAUGUGCUGACAUCAUUCUUACAAUAUUUUAAUGUUUUAUGGAAAUAAAUCGAUAAUAAAAGGAGAAAGAAAAACAUGUCCUUUCUCUGAAGGGUUUGGGCCUGCAUGUGGUCUCAGACUGGAUGUGGAGGACUUGACCUUGAAACAUGCAAAAAAGUACAAAAAAGAUGCUUGUUGUACUUUUAGACGUUGAAACUGAUAUUGUAAUAUUGUUUUUUUUUUGUUUUUGAGAAAAUUACAGUUCAGGGUAAAUAC